CGACCGUAGUAAUCCAUAUUGAGUAUCGAAUGAACGACUGUCGAGUGUCGACCGAGACCAAUCAAUCAUCAGGAUUUUCGUGUUUAAACAAUCACGGCAUCGUCGUAAACUGUUUUCCGUUCCGUCCAAUACUUUUGACAAUAUUAUUAUCACGUAUUCAGUUUCACACUUUUUUCGACGUCGCGAUUACUCGCCAAUAGACGACGACCCCCGACAGGGUGGUUUAAACCGACGUCGGUAAUCUUCCGUGUUACCGGAUCUCAGUGACCGACCCCGAUCGAUUUUAUCGUAAUGGACUGCAUGCGCCGCCAACUACAAAAGUCUGUGGACAACAGUGGCAGCUGAUCUCCAUCGGGAUAAGACUGACGCAUAGACGUCAACUACAAUGGCAGAAGGUGAUAAAUUGGAGCACCAGUGUCUGCAAAAAGAAUUCGAGUGGGUGUUGAAUGAAGAGGUGCACUCGAUACUGCACCAGUUGAAUAUCAUACUCAACGAAUGUGUCCGACGUUUUCCAUCGUGGGACAGUGAUAUGCAGGUCAAACAAGAAAAAUUUGUCUUGUCUACGUCACCAGACCAGUUGAAAAGCAUUGUAUCCAUAUCUGGUGACACCAUACUACAGGCGGAUAUACAAUUUAAAGUACAGAGACAUCAGCAGCAAAUAAUGUACCGAACAAAUAUUCGCCAUGACUGCCCAUGGAAAUUACAUCAAGUUCAAGACGCAGGCAAUCAUCUAAGACAAGCUAUUUUACAAAUUGAAAAAAUAGACAAGGAAACUAUUUUCAAUUCCUCAGAAGAAGUAUUGCAUAUUCUGCGAAAUUUGUUAGGGUGUUUGCAAAGAGGUCGUACAAGUCUAAUAGUUCCACGUAAACGAACAAUUGAUGAUUUGAUUAAAAGCAGAAACAUGAAGUGUUUGACACCCAACUUACCAGAAGAUUUGGCAAUUAGUUUUUACAUACAGAGUCAUAAGCUAAUAUUUGCUGUUUACCAAUUGUCCAAUUCUCAUGGUGCAAUGAAGUACGACACAUAUCAAGCUGAAUGUACAGUACCGUGGUUAAACGAAGUCCUCGUUCUUUUCACGGUUGCUUUACAGUUGGCCCAGCAACUCAAAGACAAGAUCUGCGUAUUUACCCAGUACAGAGAUAUUACUCAAUUGUCACGACCAGUUUCUAGCAUUGCGAUACAGUCAUAAGUAUUCGUUAAUUUUUUUUCUUUCUACUAGGUACUAUUAUUUAACACAAUCAGGUGAUCAAAUAUGAAGAAUGUGUAUAAUAUACAAUUGUAUAUUUUGGUUUGUUACCGAUUUUCUUCAACAAUCUUUUUCCAGCAAUAAUUCAUAGCCUUAAGCUUUUCAAAUAUAUAUAUUUUACAUUAUAUUAUAUUUACAUGUAAUAGUUUUCAUGUAAUUACACGAAACACUUGAUGAAAAUUCAUUCUGAAUGUUAUUUCUCGUGUCCAUUAUACGACAACAGUAUUGUUUUUAUUAUUAAAAAUUAUAAUAGUUAUAAUUUCAAUACCAUUUAUAAUAGAUAUUAGAUUUUUGUUUUAUUUUAUUUAUUUAUUUAUUCAUUGUUUUUUUUUAACACUCAUACCUUUUGUGUAGUGAUGGUGAUAUGAUAACUAUACAAGUAUUCUUUUUAUUUGUAAGUUAUUUUGUGUAUAGUAUAAUAAUGAUAUAUACUUUGUGCCCUAAGUUACAAACAAACAUUUUAGGACAAUAAUUUGAUCUGAUUACUAUAAUAAUUUAGUUU